ACCACACCGAAUGUUUCAGGUUCUUUUUUUGUUGAAUUAACUUUAAACGUUUAUCUCCAACACGAACUGGAUCAAUAACAUUAUGAAGUUUCAUAAAGUUGAUUAAAAACGAACAAGUCGAUCGACCAGAGCCGGACACGGGACACGGGACGUCACGAGACGAUGAGUCAGCCGCCAUUUAAAUAGAAUCACUUUCUGUUCUGGUUUCAUCCGGACUUCACGUCCAGGCGACUUGAAAAUGCAGACAAACAAAUCGUCGACAGGAGCUCAGGUGUCUGUGACCGGUCGGACCCAGAAAACCAUCCUGCCUCAGGUCAGGUACCAUCCAUCUAUCCAGACUCCUGGAGAUGGAGCACGGCCCAAAACCACUAAAACAACUGACACCAGAACCAGUCAGACACAAAGGACCAGACCUGGAGCUGAGCACCCCACUCACACUGGGAGCCAACAUGUGGACAACACCACCCAGGCUGAUCUGGUUCCUACAGCAAGACCUUAUCCUGGUGGUGGACGGAACCCCCGUUCUCAGACCCCCGAUCAGAAACCGAAUAAGAAACUAGAUCCAGGUCCUUCUCAAAAAGCAGAUCAGGUCUCCAACAGAGCCUGUCCAAGACCAGAGCAGGUUCCUCUGGGUCUGGGGGUCCAGGUAGACAGGGCUGGGGUGAAGGAGGUGGAGGUUCUGACCCGUGGACAGAGGACCAACCAGGACUGGUUUUCUUGGAGGAGGAACCGGAUCACAGCCUCUGUGGCUCAUAGCGUCGCUCACUGCCGCUUCGUUCAUGGCAAGAGCAAAACCCCGCCCACCUCCUACCUGACUGCUAUCACAGGUGAGGGCCGCAGAGUCCAGACCAGAGCAAUGAGCUGGGGGGUCAACAUGGAGGCCGAGGUCGUCGGCAGGUACCAGGUACAGUUCCACAGUGAUGAUGUCAUUCUGCAGAAACUCAAGAGUUCGGCGUUAGGUCGGCCGGUCACGGUUCAGGACUGCGGUCUGUUUAUCGACGCCCAGCGGCCGUGGUUGGCUGCAAGUCCUGAUGGGAUUGUGACGGACAGCCUGACUGGCCAAUGGCUGCUGGAGGUCAAGUGCCCCUACAAACACAGACAGAGACGUGUGGAGGACGCCUGCAGGGACGACCCUGGCUUCUGUCUGGAAAUACAGGACGAUGUCGGACGUGAGGCUGGAGGGUCCCCUCGUUGUCCUCCUGUCCCAGUCUCCAGUCUACCAUCUGAAGACGUCUCACAGUUACUUCACACAGAUCCAGUGUCAGCUGGCAGUGACGGGCCUGCGACGGGCCGAUCUCGUAGUCUUCACAACAAAGGAGACAGCCAUCGUCCCGGUGACCUUUGACCCUGACCUGUGGGGGGAGACGGUGUCCAGACUGGAGAUGUUCUACAGGGACGCUGUCCUCCCUCACCUCAGGGGGAAGACGCAGCAAGAGACGUCAGCAGCCUGGACACCAGAGCAGUAGAGACGCCACCAACUAACCACUGGUCAUGUGACCUCUGACCUCAGUCUGUGGUUUGUCAUCAAAUGUUCACUCUGACCUUUGACCUUUGGAUAUAAAGUCAUUUCCUCAGAU